GUGCGAGCGGGAUCACUUGAAUUUUAAAUAAAAUUAGUACUCGCACAAAAUUAUAAGGAUAAGGAAUGUUAAAAAUCAGAACACAAGCGAGGAAAAAAAAAACAACUCUCAAGGAAAUAAAAACGCCUCUCCCACUUCUUUCCUAUCCUGUAUUUGUUCGAUCAUCCAGAUCUGAAGCCCAGCCUAUAAGUCCCAUCUGGUACAUACUUGCUGGGUUUUCUUUGGGCACCCAAAAUAUAAUGAUGCAAGAAGCAGUAUAUCUGAUUGAGCAAGGUGAUUUGAGGGGACUCUCUGCUCUUUCUCAAACUAGACAGCAGAGUUGCUUGUUGAUGCUUCUUAAUUAUCCGGACGACCAAUAUCUCCAACUGUCUUUGGAAUUUUCUUCGAGGAGUUACAUUGUGGUUGCUUGUUCAAUGGCCGGUGUAUUGAUUCUGGAUGUAUUCAAAUGUUUUUUGCAGCAGGAGAUUAACCAUGCUAGCGCUGGUGGGUUGUGAGCUGAGCUUGUAAGCAACAGAGGUACUUCUCAACUCUCAAAACUCCAGAUAAUACAAGGUGAAAAAGAAUGUUUAUUUUACUUGUAACUAAACCUCUUUUUUAUUUUUAUUGUUAUUUUUAAGAUAGAAUCAAAUAAGUACAGGAGGAGGAUGGAGCAAGGGAUCUAUAUACUCGUGAAAUUGUUAAGGGACACUUCCUAUAAAGCCCUUCCUAUCAAUAGUAGAUCUAUGUUUUUAUUUCUUGUUUUUUGUUAAUUUCAGUUGUAAUUGGUUAAUAUUCAUGAUACUUUUACAGAGUGGUGAGCUGCAAUGUAAGAGAGCUAAGGGCAAUUGUCCGCCCUUUUCAUCUUGAAUCCACCCUUGGAUGUAGAUGAGAUUAUAAUAAUAGAUAGUGAUUCUCACCAGUAGUAAUCAGGUCUAUGGCCAUAAUUAGAUUUAAUUUCAUGGCUAUCAUGGCUCUAUUAGGGACCGACUGCAGUGGGUAUUGGCUUUUAGCCACAACUAAAUUGUCCCGUUUGUCCGACGUUGGAUACCUUCAAAUUGAAAGAUCUUUCUAUUGCAUUCUGGAUAACUAGAUCAUUAUGUGUACUUUGGCACAUUACAUACAAAAGAGUGGGAUCGCAUGUGGACCUACUCCUUACAUGCUCAUUGAAUAUUGUUAAACUUAGGAGUUUGGGUUUUACCAUCAGAUAACUGUUCUGUAUCAACUUAGAGAUGAUUGUGCUUCAAUUAGGUACGGAAGCUGCAACUUCAAUGGUUGUGCUUUUGUGCGAGUAUGUGUGCGUUCAUAGCUAUUUGAGUAUCUUUCUACUGUCUCAGUACAUUUUCCGAGCUUGGAUCUGGUAUGUGUGUGUUCAUAGCUAUUUGAGUAACUUUCUCUUCUAUCAUAUUCCUAUUUUGUUGUUUACACACCCCUUGAAUGUUUUCUCAGUUAGACUCUUUUUUGUUCUUUCUUUCUUUCUAUAAUGCUACUUCUUUCUUAGUCUGAUAUAUGUUCACACACCUCAUAAUUUCUUAACACUUUAGAUUUAUUAUUUGUUACUUAAUUAAAUCUCAACAUUGCUUCUAGGAUAUUCAAGGACAAUAGGUUCGUGUGGCAGAGCUAGUUUGAAAUUGGUUUCUCAACACAAGUGUUCAAAGAUGCUAAGAGAGCUAUAUAUGAAGGUUAGAAGCUAGUAAUGGACUAAUGUGGUCAUGAAUGCUAGGAGCUGCGCACAAGUACUUUUUGAUUGAGACAUUGUAGUACCUAUUUAUCUUUUCCUUAGAUUAGUUAUGCAAAUUGAUCAACUGCUAGUUUUGGAGAUAAUUUUAUUGAAUUGUAUUUGAAAUUCAUAUAUGAAGUUUGAGUAUUGAUGAGAUGAUUGACAUUUAUUUUUGUAUUUUCUUCAUGCUUUAUAUGAAAUUUUGUACCAGCCAGCAUAAAAUUAAUGU